AGAACCACUGCUAAGCUUGAACGAAUCUGUCAUACCAAAACACGCGUCGUGAUUGUCAGUAGGAUAUUUUCUACUAAUACUACAGAACAACGAACACAGCACUACUGGGCUGAAAUGUUCAGACUUACUCCAGCAUCUAGACCAGAGGACAAACUCCUCAAGGCCCGGCAAGGCCAAAAGAUGCAGUGGGUAAACGAAACUGAGCAGCAACCCAGAGGCCGUGUCCAAAAUUCUAGCAGAGUAGUCUUAACGCCACAUUUGGAGGAGAGACCCAAACUUCCUCAGCUUGAAGUAGAGGGAAAGCUGCUGCAAAGAACAGCUAAACAAGCAGAGAGGUUCACAGAGCACAAGACACGUCAACAGAUUGUUUUUGAAAACAUGGCGGCCUUACAGAAGAAGCAGGCUACCGCCAGAACUCUGAGGGAGAAGCAGAGCUUUGCCCAGUAUGAAGCCAACAGAGCAGCUGAACUGGCUAGGCAGAAGCAGGAACAGGAGGCAAACAGCGCUGCAUUGCGUCACACACACUUUGACUUCCUUCAAAUGCAGAUACAGGAGAAAAGGCAGCAAGAAAUGGCAAAGCGUCAGAGCGAUUUGGACGCUUCUCGGGCUAGGGAUCAGGACAGCAAGUUGUUCCACCAUGAGGAAAAAUUGAAGUUUAUGAAGGCCAGAGAAAAGAAAAUCGAUAUACAGAACUUCAAUAUGGCCAUGGCUGCUGAAAAACGUGAAACACUGCAGGAGCAGAAUGCUGCAAUGGUGAAUGCAAAAGCAGAUAGGUUCACAGAGCGCCAGACAAACCAAAAGAUUGCUUUUGGUAACAUGGCGGCUUUACAGAAGGAACAGGCUACUGCCAGAACUCUGAGGGAGAAACAGAGCCUUGCCCAGUGGGAAGCUAAGAAAGUUGCUGUACUGGAAAAGCAGAAGCAGGAACAAGUAGCAAACAACGCUGCAAUGCGUCGCACACAACUUGCCGGCAUUCAAAUGCAGAUGCAGGAGAAAAGGCAGCAAGAAAUGGCAAAGCGUCAGAGCAAUUUGGACGCUUCUAGGGCUAGGGAUCAGGACAACAAGUUGUUCCACCAUGAGGAAAAAUUUAAGUUUAUGAAGGCCAGAGAAAAGAAAAUCGAUAUACAGAACUUCAAUAUGGCCAUGGCUGCUGAAAAACGUGAAACACUGCAGAAGCAGAAUGCUGCAAUGGCGAAUGCAAAAGCAGAUAGGUUCACAGAGCGCCAGACAAACCAAAAGAUUGCUUUUGACAACAUGGCGGCUUUAGAGACGGAACAGGCUACUGCCAGAACUCUGAGGGAGAAACAGAGCCUUGCCCAGUGGGAAGCUAAUAGAGUGGCUGAACUGGAAAAGCAGAAGCAGGAACAAGUAGCAAACAACGCUGCAAUGCGUCGCACACAACUUGCCGGCAUUCAAAUGCAGAUGCAGGAGAAAAGGCAGAAAGAAGAGGCAGAGCGUCAGAGUGAUCUGGGCUCUUCUUGGGCUAUGGAUAAGGGCUACAAGUUGCUCCAACAUGAAGAACAAUUGGAUGCUAUGAAUGCCAGAGAUAACAGAAUCGCUGCAUGUAACUUCAAUAUCUCAGUGGCAGCUGAAACACGUUUCAGAAUGCAGGAGCAGAAUGCUGCAAACUCCAGUUUGUUCCUAAAACCGACUGCAGAAGCAAAGAGGUUUAGGAAGCUCCAGACAUGUCAACAGAUUGUUGACAAUCUGACGGCCUUACAGAAGGAGCAGACAAAUCUGGGGCUCAACUCUGUCUCCCACAAACCACUGUCCCUCCGAAAAGAGUUGACUUACAAUCUCAGUAUAGAAGGGUCGGAUUACGUCUCUGCAGGUAUCGGGGAGCCAAAAUACAGACUUCCAUUACAUCCUAAACCUUUUAGACUGCGGUAGGGGCUCAAGCUUUGGCCAGAUCUUUACGAAAGGGUUUCCUCCGGGCGCUCUGGUUUAAUCCCGCACACUUUAAAUUAAAAAAAAAAGAAAUUGUCUAUAGGACAGAAUUAGUGUAUUUUCACUGGGGACAAGUGAAUGUCCUCUGCUGAAAUGAACACUAUGAAUGGUUACUCUUUAAGCCUUGUGUUUACGUUAGGGUUUACUCCGGGUGCUCCGGUUUCUUCCCGCACACUUUAAAUUUAAAAAAAAAAUAAAAUUUGUCUGGAGGACAGAAUUAGUGUAUUUCCACUGGGGACAGGUGAAUGUCCUCUGCUGAAAUGAACACUAUGACUGGUUACUCUUUAAGCCUUGUGUUUACGUUAGGGUUUACUCCGGGUGCUCCAGUUUGUUCCCGCACACUUUAAAUAAAAAAAAUAAAUAAAUGUUUGUCUAGAGGACAGAAUUACUGUAUUUUAACAGGGGACAGGUGAAUGAGGAAUGCUGCAUGGUGGUGCAGUGGUUAGCACUAUCGCCUCACAACAAGCGGGUUGCAGGUAUGAAUCUGGCUUGGGGCCCGUCUGUCCAGGGUGUACCCCGCCUUUGCCCAAUGUCAGCUGGGAUCGGCUCCAGACCCCCCGCGACUCUGAAUGGUAUAAGUGGUUACAGAGAAUGGAAGUACUAAUAGUCUAGUGAACAGAAUUAGUGUAUUUUCAAUGGGGACAGGUGAAUGUCCUCUGCUGAAAUGAGCACUAUGACUGGUUACUCUUUAAGUCUCAUGUUUACGUUAUGUUCCGGAUGCUUCGGUUACUUCCCUCACACUUUAAAUAAAAAAUUUGAAAAAUUUAAUAAAA